ACACUGCUUCCCCGAGUUAAACGUGUCGUUAGAGCGCUAUUUUGUACGCAAUUUUUUUUAAAACAAAGCUGGCGAAAAGCGUGCGCUAAUUUGAAUAAAAAGUGUUUUUUGUCAAUCGGUAUUUUAGGGGUUUGGAAAACAUAUGCAAAUUCCGAGAUUUUUCAGUUUCUUUGCGUUUUGUAAAGAAAAAAUUCGUUAAUCUUUCGUACCAAAUUUGUGAUUAGCUCUCGCCGGAACGUUAAAAGUAAUUAAAUUAAAUAUGAAAUAAUUAGAUAAGAAUCGGUUAGCAGUGCCAAAAACAUCAAACUUUUAUUCCGUUUCCAGCGUACAUAUGUACAUACAUACAUAAUUGUACGUAUUCUUUGUGUCCGCAUUUGUGUGCGUGUGUGUGUGUGUUGUAACGUUUGUUUACUCCGACCUCCGACCGCCCCACAUUUUCUGGUGAACUUGUGCCGUUGUUUGGUGGUGCUGUUGUCCAUUGCCAUACUCGUACUUCCCCCAGAGUUUGUGGUGCUGGGAAAAAAUCGAAACUCAGGCACAGUGAAACUCCAACGACCCUCAGCUGGCAGCUCUCCAGACAGCUCUCAAACAGCCUGCGAUAAUAACACUCCACCAAAGUCUCCAAUGUGUUGUGCAAUUGUAUACAAUCAGUAGUACCGACUCGUGCAGCAUUUGGCAUUAAAGCUCUUGACGUGAAAUUAAAAUUCAGAGGCACAGAGCCGUAUUUGACACGCGCCGAACACAAUUACGUUCCACUGUGCAGCAAAAGCAGAGGGGAAAAUUCAUAAAACAUCGGCAAGCGGAAUCAUCGACGCAAAGAGAAACGAAAAAAAGCCGAGAGCAAGGGGAGAGAGCGAGCUCAUUCGGUUUAUUAAAAGACUCACCUGCACCGUCCCUCACCAGAACGGCGUACACCCAAAAUAUCGUCCAGCUCGCAAUGUAAACAGUUUAAAUGAGGAUAGCACAGAGUUUUAAUAAAAUGGUUGUAAUCUAACUAAUAACCCCACGAUUCCAGAAGAGCUUCCGCCAUCAAUACCGCUUGAAAAAGCGCUCAGCACCAGCAUUGAAGGCUGCUAAUCGAGAGCAGAGACCAUCUGUCAUCAUCACGCGUUAACGAGGAACAGAAGAAACGGAAGAAACAGGAGAAGCAGCACCAGCAGCGACUCAGUUACAUAAUAUUUUGGACAUUACUCGUCAUACGCCGCGUAAGCCGCAUCCAGCCAUCCAGCACUGAGAGAAACGCCGUCGAUAUGUUCGCCCGUCCGCCGCCGCACUGUGCGCCGCGCACUUGACACGCGUUAAACCCCCCACGUGGCCCGAGAGGAGUGGAGCAGUGCAGGAGCGGCACGUGCACCCACCUGCCACAGGAGCAGCAGCAUCAGCAUCAGAAGGAACACUAGAGCGUCAUUCAUACGCAUUCCCCUUGUUUUUCUUAUUUUUUGUUUGUUUCAUUGGCACCGAAAAGCGUUGUUUGGUUUCCCCCAACAGAAACUGUAGUUACCGUACCGCAUGAGGGUGCCAAGGCAUAAACCGUUUACUGGCAGCCACAACUGCCGCAACAGCAACAGCAACAGCAACAGCAACAGCGACAGCACCAGCAUCAGCAUCGGGAGCAACCGCAACGUGCCACAGUUGCCAUCAGUCAUUGUUCAAAAUAUUCUCCGUUGGCCUGUGAUAAACCCCCUAACGUUCUUAAUGAAUGACAUUCGGUUCAAGUCAUUUUAUCGUGCCAGCAAAACGACAUCUGCCGCAGCAGCAGCAGGAGGAGCCACAGCGUCGAAGUCGUGCGACAAGAGCCAGAACAGCAAUCCCCGUACUUACAACAACAGCAGCAAAUCGAACAAAGUGUUUCUCCACUACAUUCCCCGCGAUCCGCGCCUAAGAAUCCUCCACCGAACCGCCGCCCUCAAUAAACCCUUGAAUCGCAGUCGCUACACCCUCAGCGAGCUGAAUAUAACUGAAGAUCUGUGCAAUUAUGGUGAACUAAUCGGCGGCAGUGAUACCCGUGCUCGCAGUGUGGAAAAGGAUCUAGUGCCAGUGAAAAUCUCCGGGAAAUACUAAAGUGUAGCGUUCUGUUGUAUCUGUUGUACGCUUCUCGGUUCUCCUGUUGCCCGCGGGGCUGAGCAUUCUGUGCGAGUGGCUUUGCAGGACAAAAGCACCACGCACUGAAAGAAAACCGAAGGAAAGGAGAACUCAUCUGAAAAAAUCUAUGCUGAAAUCCAAUGCAAUUAAAACCGUGUUCAAAUCCAAUAAUUGCUCUGUCUAGAAAGUGCAACAUUUUUACAGAUAUUUUCUAUUGUGGCCGCCAGAGCCAGCCUUCUUAGAACGGCAUCCAGUUAAUCCAAAACCUAAAAGCAAAACAAAAACAAAAACACUUAGCACUUAUCAAGGCCCAAUCAUGGCCAAGCCCACAACGGCCUCCAGCGUGUCCAACGUCUCGAACAACAACAGCGCGGAGGCGGCCAACAACAACAGCCAGCAGAAUGGGGGGGCCUAUCAGGCACUGCCCGAGAGCCCGGUACCGGCCCCGGCCAACACUCCCCUAAACCGUGCCAUCAAGCACGACCUGUUCCCGGAGGUGACGUUCUGCAAUCUGUCGGCGGAGGAGCUGGCCGAUGGGGCCGGGCACAGCCGCGUGGUGCGGACCAGCAUCAUAGCGAUCGACGGCGAGGGGAACCUCACCUGCCUGAUGAACAGUAGCCAGGUUAAGAAACGCAAGCGGCUGAUAUCGAACGAGUCGGGCGACUCGAUAGACUCCGGCUCGACGGAGAAGAAGGCCCCGAAGAUGCCCGACGGCGGCUACGGCUGGGUGGUGGUGUUCGCCUCCCUGGUGGUCUCCCUCAUAGCGGAUGGACUGUCCUUCUCCUUUGGCCUGAUCAACGCGGAACUGCUCGAGUACUUCGGGCAGUCCACCUCGAAGACGGCCUGGAUCUCGUCGCUGUUUUUCUCCGUUCCGCUGCUAAUGGGGCCCAUCUGGUCGAAUCUGGUGGACAAGUACGGGUGCCGCAAGAUGACCAUCAUUGGGGGGCUGGUGUCCGCCGUGGGGUUCGCCAUGUCCUCCUUCUGCAACUCCAUCGAGAUGCUGAUGGUGACGUUUGGUAUUAUUUCGGGCCUGGGACUAGGCAUCGGCUACGUCACCGCCGUGGUGUCCAUUGCCUUCUGGUUCGACAAGAAGCGGACCUUUGCCACCGGCAUCGGAGCCUCGGGAACAGGUAUUGGCACCUUUGUGUACGCCCGCCUCACCUCAUACCUCAUCGAGUCGUACGGGUGGCGCGGAGCCACCCUCAUCCUGGGGGGCACCAUGCUGAACGCCUGUGUCUGCGGCGCCCUGAUGCGGGAUCCCGACUGGCUGAUCGAGGAGAACCGCCUGGAGAGCCGCUCGCAAAGCGUGACCACCUUCUCCAACUCGAGCGUGUGCCUGGAGGAGAUCAAGAAGCUGCUGGACACGGGUAUCACCAAGGAGGCCGUCCUGGACAGCCUUGUGACGAAGAACAACACGGAGGCCAACCAGCAAAUCGACGAUCCCCUGGACACGGGCCUCAAACGCUAUCGCAGCGAGAUCUUUCUGCCGACUUUCCUAAGCAUCCAUGAGCUGGACAGCAUUUGUGAGGUGAAGAGCCUGAGUCGGCGUUCCCUCAGGCACAAGGAGGGGGUGGAAGCUCCGUCGCGGGAGAAUCUGCUGUCCAUGUCGUCGGGAGCGGGGGGAUAUCCUCCGUCGACGGCCAUCAUUGGCUCGCCGGACGAUACACUCAUGGGCGGAAUAGCGCAGGAGGCCAUGGAAGCGGCCAAGAAGAGCUAUCUGGCCUCCAUCGAGACCCUGUCGCCGUCGGAGAAGCGCUCGAGCCCCGUCGGGUCGAUACGAUCCUCUGACGAGGGCUACCUCACCCAGAAGCACGCCAGCUCUCGGUACUCGCUCAACGAAAAUCUCUUCAUGGCCAAGCACACGACGCCGUCGAUCUCCAACCUGAAAGUGAAUGGUCUGCGCCACAACUCGGUGGACAUCCUCAGCGAGGAUAUGCACUGCUACUACAAGGACGAGACAUUCGCCCUCCUGGAUCACGGCCGCCGCCCCGGCCCCACUGUAAUAGCCAUGCCGGAUCGCGAACAGCCAACGGCCAACAGUGAGGUGGCUCUGCGCCGCGCUCGCCUCGACAGCAUCACGGGCAUCCGCCGGCUGUCCAGGUCGAAGAAGCCCAGCCAGCACCGCUCGAAUCUGCGCCGAAACAUUUCGAUACGCAACUCCAACUUCCUCAAGGACAUGCGGAUACACCGCAACUCCAUACACUACCGCGGCGCCAUGCUCAACACGCACCGGUACCGGCUGCGGGCCUCCUCCUGCCCCAACAUCUACCGCAACUCGAUGACCACCAUCGCCAAGGAAGAAGAAGAUAAAAUCUGGCUCUUCUUCUGCUCCUUUAUUCCCUUUCCACAGACCUGGUACGAAAGCUUUGUGGACACGAUGAAGUCCAUUUUUGAUUUCUCAAUGUUUCUCGACCUGAAGUUCGCCCUGUUCAACCUCUCGACACUGUUUCUGUUCAUUUGGUUCAUUAUACCCUAUCUGUAUCUACCGGACUACAUGAAGCAAUAUAACUACGAGGUGAAUGUAAGUGCCGUUCUGAUAUCGGCAGUUGGCAUCGCCCAAACGGUGGGCAUGAUAGGACUGGGCUAUGUGGGCGACCAGCCCUGGAUGAACAUCAACAUAUGCUACUCCCUCUGCAUGCUGGUGUGCGGAGCCUCUGUGUUCUGCAUGCCCAUGCUAAUGACCAGCUACAAUGGACUGAUGGCAAUGUGCGUAAUCUUCGGCUUUACGUUCGCCAGCUCGUUUUCGUUUACGCCCAGUAUACUGGUCAGUAUUGUGGAUUUGGACGAUUUCACGUGUGCCUACGGUCUGGUGCUGCUGGUGCAGGGUGUGGGCAUGAUCGCAGGCCCCCCAAUAGCGGGUCUCAUAUACGAGUCCGUGGGAAGAUGGGACGACUCCUUCUACUAUGCGGGCAUAUUUAUAGCACUCUCCGGCGUCUGCUCGUAUAUGAUCGAGUUCUGUGAGAAGAAAGCACCUAAGGAGAGUGAUAGUGAUGUCUCAGAGACUAAAAAAGCUCAACUUUUACACUAGAUUCAUAAAUAGACAUGAACCGAAGGCGGACUGGACCUGGAACAGAACCUAGACCUGGGCCUGGACCUGGACUGCUGAGAAGGUACUUCAAAUCUGAUAAGCUGUAGCCUAAAACAAAAGCAUUAGCAUUAAAUGUUAUCGAGUUUCUUAUGUCAAAUGGUCUUGCAGCCAUAAAAUCCGAGCAGAAUUGUAACUGAAACUAAGCCUAUUCGAUAAGAUUGUCUAGCAUGUAAGCCCAAUAAUUGACUUGAGAAAUAGUUGUAGCUAUACACCAUACCAUACCUUGCGUACAUACUAUAUAGAUAUAUACACCUUAUAUAUACAUAAAUCUUUAGCCGCACUAGGGCAACUACUAAUCAGCAAGUUGUAAUCCACAUCUAGACAAAAUGUUCAAUUUUCAAUCAAUAUCAAUGCAGUGCAUCACUGCCAGGUGCAAACGGGUCCCCCUCAAUUGUCUUCUUUAUAAAGGUAAAACUGAAAAAUAUACCUACAUAUUGCCUAGAUUUAAUGGCCUUAAUUUUCGUACGAACGCCGUAAAGGAACACUCAAUAAACAACAACCAAUCUAUACAUAAGGAACGUAUGCAAUAACAAAGGACAAGCGACAAUUUUUCGAUCGACCUUUCGAACUCGUAGUUACUCGUAAGUCCUUGGCCGCAUUUGUCUUUAAACUAACAUUUAAUCUUGAAGUCAAUCAACAAUAAACAGUACACACACACAUCUAUUGCAAGGCUCCAAAAAGAUUUCAGCAAAGGAGCAAUUAGGCAUUAAUAUGAAACAUUUUUGAAUCCGAAUAACCGCUCUUGCAGUGAGGAAACGUUUUUCUACCAUUAGGAUAGAAUACCAUUAUUGAAUGCUUGUAAAAUUAUAAAGCUCAACACAACACUAACGAGUGGAGUCUAGAAGGAAAGGUCUUGCUUGGAAAUGCAGAUGAAUAUAGAGUUCAAGUAUUAUUGAAAAAUACAUAUUUAUAGAUAUGGAGAUAUAAAGAAAACUCACCCGAGAAGCACACUGAAAGCUAGCUAGUUUUGUUCAAACCUAGGCACACUUCACACGUUAGAGAGUAAUAGGCAGACCAGGACCUAUACUGUAGCGUAGUUAUUGUUGUUUUCGAACUCUAGCAAAUAUGUACAUACACACACACACACAUAACACAUAAAACAUAAGUAAAUUGCAAUUAUAAAAUAUUUACAAGAAAUAAACAAUUAUCUAAUGAUCCAUAUUAACGAAAAUACAUACAAUUUUUGAAACGAAA